UAUUAUCAAUUUUGAUUCAUUUUUAUUAUAUAAAAAAAAAAAUCUAGUUUGAUGUCUUGUGCCUGAAAGCAAAUUAAGGAGAGCAGACAAUUGUGCAUGUGUGAAGAAGAUGGAGGUGGAGGUUGGUGGUCUGAAGAAUGUAACUUCGGCUUUCUCCGGUGACGGUGCUCCGGUGAGUGAUCAGGCAGCUACUCCGGCAAGCUUAAUGAAAUUGAUACUAUCAAGCAUGGUUGCUGCUGGUGUGCAGUAUGGUUGGGCUCUCCAAGUUGCUCUUUUGACAUCUUAUGUUCAGACUCUUGGAUUACCACACUCCCUUGCUUCAAUAAUGUGGCUAUGUGGCCCUGUUUCAGCCUUCAUUGUUCAACCAUCUGUUGGUGUUUGGAGUGAUAGAUGUCAUUCACGGUUUGGAAGGAGAAGACCGUUUAUUCUUGCAGGCUGCCUUUUGAUCUGUACUUCAGCACUUGUUAUAGCCUUUUCUUCAGAUAUUGGAUAUGCACUUGGUGAUACAAAAGAACAUUGCAGUGUUUACACUGGAAAAAGAUGGAAAGCUACAAUUGUAUAUGUUGUCGGCUUUUGGAUGCUUGAUUUUGCAAACAAUGCAGUGCAUGCACCAUCUCGUGCACUAAUGGCUGAUCUUGCAGGUCCGGGUAGAUUUACAGUAGCAAAUGCAGUAAUGUGUUCAUGGUUUGCAGUAGGAAACAUACUCGGUUAUUCUUCGGGUGCAACCAGGUCUUGGCAUCGUUGGUUUCCAUUUCUGAACACAAGAGCUUGCUGUGAAGCCUGUGCAAAUCUCAAGGGUGCUUUUCUAAUUCAUGUUGUGUUUAUUCUUCUCUGUUCUUCUGUUUCUCUGUUUUUCGCCAAAGAAGUCCCACUUGAAGGGAAGACAGGAAUGGUUACUGCAAAUGAACAAAGAUCAGGAGUAAUUGAACUUCUGAAUAGUCUCAGACAUUUACCUCCCGGAAUGGCUCCGGUUCUUGUUGUCACUUCACUGUCUUGGCUAUCAUGGUUUCCGUUCUUCCUAUAUAACAACGAUUGGAUGGGCCGAGAAAUUCACCAUGGUGAUCCAGAGGGAACUCAAGCUCAAAGAAAAGCUUAUGAGAACGGAAUUAGAGAUGGUUCAUUUGGAUUGCUGUUGAAUUCAAUAGUUCUAGGAAUUGGUUCUUUUCUGCUCGAACCAAUAUGUCGAAAGCUUACAACAAGAGUAGUGUGGGCUAUUAGUAACUUCAUAUUGUUCUUCGCCUUCGCAUCGAUGUGCAUUGUGAGUAUCUGGUCUACCAAUGGUUAUUCCUAUGGAGUGAAUAAAGAAGAAGAAGUGAACAGAAGAGUUAGAGCUGUAGCUCUUAUUAUAUUUGCAGCUCUUGGCUUUCCUCUGACUGUGUUAUUCAGUGUUCCUCCUGCUGUUGCGGCACAAUUAGCCGAUAUCGGAGGAACAGGACAAGGAUUAAGCAUAGGGAUUCUGAUUAUAUUCGCUGUUAUACCACAGGUGAUAAUAUCAGUUAGUGCAGGGCCAUGGGAUGCUUUGUUUCACAAAGGAAAUUUGCCUGCAUUUGCUAUGGCUUCUUUCUUUGCCUUUUUUAGUGCCUUUGUUGCAUUCUUUGUGCUCCCAAAGUUGAAAACCUCCACCUUCUCUGCAUCCCAUUAAUCUUGUCACAUAGAUGGGAAAAAAAACACUGUUUAAUAAGCACGCGCUAAUUGUAUAAAUCGAUGGCCUUAAUAAGAUUAAGCAGUGUAUAAUAUAUAUAUGGACAUGUUUCUGUAUGUUUUAUGUUUAAAUAUAUUUUAUGAUAA